UGCUGGUACUGCGCUGUUAUGGCUCCCGAUGUAAACAGAGAGAAGUAGUGUGUAGUUGUCUAUCACAGUUUAGGAAAUCCAGCGGUUGCUACAUUUUACGUGUGAUUGUUAGUCGGAGGCUAAAUUUACAGGUAUUUUUUCACUACGUUAAAUUAACUUCAGAAUCCCUUGCUUUCACUUUAUUUUCUCUGAAGGUAUGAUGGUAUCGCUAGCUGAUAGCCUUUAAAGCAUGACCGCGUGUUUUCCUCACAAGUGAAACUUAAGGACAGGAGGAGUUAAGAACUACACAAGCUAGUGAUGACAAUGUGUCUAAAACAAAUGUUUGUGUCCCAGGGGAGAUUAUGUCCGGGGGAAGCAAAGGCAUUGAGUUGCAGCUACAAAUGCGGCAAAAUGCAGAGGAUUUGCACAGUUUCAUGAAGGAGUUAGAGAGCUGGGAGACUGACAUAAAGAAGAAGGAUGAACAGCUGAGGACAGGGGGGAUUCAGCAAGUCGAGAAAAAGCUUCCACCUGUGCGCAACAAAGACUACAAAACAAAGAUGCGAGGAAAGAAGAAGGCAACUGGAAAUGGAGAUACAAAGUCAGAGCAGAAUAAGGAAACAUCGAGGAUAAAAGCAUAUGAUUAUCGAAGUUGGGAUAAGUUUGAUGUGGACAAGGCUUUGGCAGAAAUGGAUAAAGCAGAAAGCCCUGCAGAGUCAAAUGAGUCAGACUGUGAGGAAGCUGCUGUUGAUCAGGAGAAAGCAGUGGCUGAAAAGGAAAAGGGUAAUGCAUUUUUUAAAGAUGGGAAAUAUGAUGAUGCCAUUGAAUGCUAUACCAGAGGGAUGGGAGCCGACCCUUACAACCCUGUCCUUCCAACAAACCGUGCUGCUUCUUUCUUGAGACUUAAAAAGUAUGCUGUGGCAGAGUCUGACUGUAAUUUAGCCAUUGCUGUGGACAGCAACUACUUUAAAGCAUAUGCACGAAGAGGAGCAGCGCGAUUUGCUCUGAAGAAAUAUGAAUCUGCAUUAGAAGAUUAUGAGACGGUUCUUACCCUUGACCCUGGGAACCUGGAGGCCCAAAAUGAAGUGAAGAAAAUCAAAGAGGCCCUUGGAUGUAACACACCUAUGGUGUCCAGUGAAGCCAUGCAGCCACAGGAGGCUCCCACAGUGGACUCUGAGCAGCAAAGACAGAUGGAGGAACAGCAGAAAAGACAAGAAGCAGCUGUACAAAAAGACAGAGGGAAUGCAUAUUUCAAGGAAGGGAAGUACGAAGCAGCAAUAGAGUGCUACAGCAGAGGCAUGGAGGCAGACAGCAUGAAUGUCCUUUUGCCUGCCAACAGAGCCAUGGCCCUCCUUAAGUUGGAAAAGUUUAAGGAGGCAGAGGAGGACUGCACCAAAGCUCUUUCUCUGGACAACACAUACUCUAAGGCUUUCGCCCGUCGAGCCACUGCUCGUGUGGCUUUAGGAAAAUUGGAGGAGGCCAAAACAGAUUUUCAGGCAGUCUUGAAACUAGAGCCAGGGAACAAGCAAGCACUGAAUGAACUCCAGAAACUCCAGGAUGUUUCCAACAGUCUCCCUCAGGCUUCAGACAGCUCACAGAGGAGAACCAUCCAACCAAUAGACAAACCUAUACAUCUGCGGUCAACUAAACCUCUGAGGAGGAUUGAGAUUGAGGAGGUCGGUGGAAAAGUGUCUGUGUCUAAGACAGAAACACAAUCUACCUCCCAAGAGGUGUUCAAGAAGGCUGACGAUGACUGCUCUCCUCUGUCGACAUCACCCAGUGCCAAGAUGAUCAAAAUUGAGGAGAUAGCAGACGUCUCUUCACACUAUUCUGACCAAGUCCCACCUCCCAGACAGGCAGUACAACCAUCACAGGAGGAAAGCGGUCAUCUUCUUGAAUCAUCAACCAAACCAUCCUCGACAGAAACAGACAUACCUCCUCCACCCACAAACAGCUUCCAGUUAGAGACCGACCUCCGCAAGAUCGGACCCCAGCCCGAACUGAUUUACAGAUAUCUGAAGCAAAUUAAACCAGAGAUGUACUCAAAGAUUUUCCACAAUUCCCUUGAACCUGACAUUCUGAGUCAGAUCCUGAAGACACUGCAUGGUUUCUACAUUAAGAAUGAACCGCCGGUCAUUAUACUGGAGAUCCUCAGGAACCUGGCAAGCGUGAGGCGUUUCGACAUGGCGGUUAUGUUUAUGUCAUCGUCAGAGAAGAAAGUGCUUAAAGAAGUGUUUGACUUCCUUCAUCAAACUGACUUGGAAGACUCAUCUGUCACCGUCGUACAGAAGAAGUACAGUGUGUGACACUUGGAUUGGCACCACACCAGCAUGUUGACCAGAGACUUUAAAAGACAAUAAUUUAGUUAUAUUGUAAUACCAAAAAACAUCUUGUCCACUUCAUCUAACCUGAACUGCAGAGAAACAGUAUUUAACUUUUGAAAAUAUGGCUUCAUUCUUCUCCAUUCAUGGAAGAACCACUCUUGUUCUUUAGCAAGUAAUGUGAAUUCCCAGUUUUAUAUACAUCUUAAAUGCAUCAGUAUGCAUUGGUCUCUGUGAGUACUCAACACAAUUGGUAUGUUCUGUAAUAAAAAAAUAUAAUUUUUUUUGCUUGCCCGUAGUUAAACUGUGGGGAAUUAUGUAAGUGUUUUGUCUAAAUUACGUUUUUCUUUGUCAGAGAACUGAACUGCAAUUAAAGUUGUUUUUGCAUAAUAUGUUUCUUUAUCUCUGAUAUGUCAAACAUGUCAAAUUGGCAGCCAGGAAAAGCAACAAAAGCACAGUAGCUCAUUGUAUCAAGUAUAAACAGUGCAUAUAAUAUUUGCUGAGAAUAAAGGGACUAGAGCAAAUUAUUAAAGAAAUCAUGUUUAACCUGG